AUGUCUACCCUUGCAGCUGCGAGAGCAGACAACUUUUACUACCCGCCAGAAUGGUCGCCCAAAAAGGGUUCCUUGAACAAGUUCAACGGACAACAUGCUUUGAGGGAGAGAGCGAGAAAAAUAGACCAGGGCAUUCUGAUAAUAAGGUUCGAGAUGCCUUUCAAUAUAUGGUGUGGUGGUUGCAAUUCUAUGAUUGCGAAGGGUGUUCGGUUUAAUGCAGAGAAGAAACAAGUGGGAAACUACUAUUCUACCAAGAUAUGGAGCUUUUCCAUGAAAGCUGCAUGCUGCAAACAAGAAAUAGUGAUUCAAACAGAUCCAAAAAAUUGUGAAUAUGUCAUCAUUAGUGGGGCUCAGAAAAAGGUGGAGGAUUUCGACAAUGAAGAUGCAGAGACACUUUUACUUCCAGCUGAUGAAGAAAAGGGAAAACUUUCAGAUCCAUUUUAUCGACUGGAACACCAAGAAGAGGACUUGAAGAAGAAGAAAGAAGCAGAGCCAGUUCUAGUGAGACUGCAGAGGGUAUCUGAUGAUAGGCAUUCAGACGAUUAUGCCCUCAACAAGGCCCUCCGUGCCCGCCUCAGAGGCCAGAAGAAGCGAGUUGCAGAAGAAGAGAGCACUGCAAGGAAAAGGGGGUUUGGGAUGCGGCUGCUCCCAAGCAGCAAAGAAGAUGCAGCUGCUGCAGCCAAAGUCAAAUUCGCUGGCAAGUUUGAGAGGAACAGGAAGGACAAGCGAGCACUGAUACACGCCACUUCUAUAUUUCCGGAGUCAGCUGUGUCUAGUAAAAAGCAUCUGGAGCUGGAAGCAAAGAGGAGGAGGAUAAGCGCAGCAGCAGCAAACAACUUGCUGACGGGCGGAUUCAAGUCUUCUUCGUGGUCGCAGAGUGCCGCUGCGCCUUUAAGGAGGUCCAAGUGA